CCCCCCCACACUUCCAACCCCUAAAACAACCACCCGUGAACCAGGGUCAGGAUGCAGGUGUCUUUCGCCUGCACUGAGCACAACCUCAAGAGUCGCAGCGAGGACCGGCUUUGUGGCCUUCGCACCGCCCCGCCCCCCGGGGGCAGCAGUGGGGGCGGAGGAGGGGGAGGCGGCGGAGGAGGCGGCGGCGGCAGCGGCGGUGGAGGAGGAGGAGGAGGAGGAGGCGGCGGAUGUGGUGGCGGAGGAGGUGGAGGAGGUGGCGGCGGACAUGGCAGCAAUGGCAACUACACGUCCCAAGGCUCGGCCAAGACCCGGGAGGGUCCCGGGCCCCGUCAGACCCCGCACGGCCAUGCCCACAUGAAGGAGGCCAUCGGGCGCCACAGCAGUAUGAAGUACAGGAACCUGGGGAAGUCGGGCCUUCGUGUGUCCUGCCUGGGGUUAGGCACCUGGGUGACAUUUGGAUCGCAGAUCUCGGAUGAGAUGGCGGAGAACCUGCUGACCAUAGCUUACGAGAACGGAGUGAACCUGUUUGACACAGCAGAGGUGUACGCGUCUGGAAGAGCGGAAAUCACUCUAGGGAACAUUAUCAAGAAGAAAGGAUGGAGGCGUUCAAGUUUUGUCAUCACAACAAAGAUCUAUUGGGGAGGCCAAGCGGAGACGGAGAGAGGACUCUCCAGAAAGCACAUCAUUGAAGGUUUACGAGGCUCCUUAUCGAGGCUCCAGCUGGAAUAUGUGGACAUCGUUUUUGCCAACAGAAACGAUGUCAACAGUCCGAUGGAAGAGAUCGUGCGGGCCAUGACGUUUGUAAUAAACCAGGGUAUGGCUAUGUACUGGGGAACGUCACGCUGGAGCGCCAUGGAAAUCAUGGAGGCGUAUUCGGUGGCUCGCCAGUUCAACCUGAUACCUCCUGUGUGUGAGCAGGCGGAGUACCACUAUUUCCAGCGGGACAAAGUGGAGGUGCAGCUCCCCGAGCUCUACCACAAGAUCGGUGUCGGAGCAAUGACCUGGUCUCCACUUGCGUGUGGAUUAAUCACGGGGAAGUACAGUGAUGGCGUGCCAGAGUGCUCCAGGGCAGCAAUGAAGGGAUACCAGUGGCUGAAGGAGCGAGUGAACAGCGAGGAGGGCCGCAGGCAGCUGGCUAAAAUCAAGGAGCUCCAUCUACUGGCGGACAGGAUGGGCUGCACUGCUGCACAGUUGGCUAUCGCCUGGUGUCUGCGCAGUGAGGGAGUCAGCUCUGUCCUUCUGGGUGUUUCUAAUACAGACCAGCUCCUUGAGAACCUGGGUGCCCUACGGAUUCUAACCCAAAUGACCCCUCAAGCUAUUAUUGAAAUCGAUGCCCUUUUGGGAAACAAGCCACACUCGAAGAAAGAGUUGCGCGCUUGAAGAAGCAAAUCCGAGCGACAGAUGACGUUUUGAGAUGACGAAGAAGACAAAUGACUUUGGGAAAACAUUGUUUUAUGCUCCGCUGUAUACUCAAAAACUUGCAUGUCCUCUGCAACAUUAUGCUUCUAGUAUGUGCGCAUAACCCAUUUUGCGCAAUACGUUGAAUCAUGUAUGGAAAAAAAAAGAUAUCUCGAUUGGGGGAAGAAAAAAAAAACAGAAGAAAAAAAACAGGUCAUACGUUGCUUCACGGCUUAAUUGUUUGGAUGGAGGAGAGGCUCUGUCAUCGAAAGAGACCAGGAGGGGUUGAACGACGUUCAACUGAUGUCAAAGCAGAUUCGACUCUUGCAAAUCAAAUGUUCUAAAAUGGAAGGGGAAAAAAAAAAAAACCCACCCGCGUGCUAAAAAUGCAAAAUUUAAAGUCUGAACGGUGCUUUCGUUGGAAACGAGUCGCCUCCCCUCGCAGCUGCCUCUUAUUCCGCGUGACGUUCGGCCAAAGGCCGGUACUCAUGUCACUAGCCAAGCAUUCCCCAUAGUGUGCAUGUGUCUGCCGCGCGCAAUGCUUCACAGGGUUGGGAACAACGGACUAGUUUUUGUGCUAUAACUUAUUAUUUUUUAAACCGAUCACGCGUUUGAACAUUGAUUUAUCGGGGGUCGAAAGCAACCAAAUAUUGUGAGCGUCGUGCUGAAAUAACGACCACGUGGUCUGAAUCACUGCGACGGCAACCCGACUGAAUUGGCAAUCGGAGGUGGGUCCGAUUUUAGAAAAUAACUUUCCCAACCCUGCUGCUCUCUCAGCAGUCUCUCGGCCUCAUCUGUUUGUGAACUGUGCGCAUGUCCCUUUAAGAGAGAACAGCCCUAACAGGGCGUAAAUGUGGCAUGGCUUUUAAUGGCUUAUGUAGAUUUGCAGUGCCCUUGUAAGCCAUUUUUUUUUCUUCCCUACUCUAAAUGGUCUGGGCAGUUUGAUCCAGGAUCUUUGAAGAAUCUGCGGUGUGCAGACGCGGGCUGUGUGUCCGUCGGACUUUGUGUUGCCCUGAACUGUAUCACUCAACAACGCCAUUCUCCCCAAGAGCGUCGCUGUCCCUAAAACCCGAGGUCUGAGACAUUUGUACCGUGUUAGAAGGUCACUGAGCAACUCACGCAGAGAUUUCGGACACACUGUGGGAAAAACAAAGGAAAUGAUAGAGUUCAUCUUAUGUGGUAUUACUCUUGCCAACAUGUUUCUUGCGGUAAAUGUACAUUUCUUUUUCUCGUGGAAGCCUACAAAUAUAGCUUCUCUGCUCAUUUCUCUGGGAGUUCUUUCUCUGUGUGUCGUUUAGUCUCACAUGCACAGCUCAUGCUACACUGUGCAUCGUUGUAUCUUUCCCUCAAGUCUAUUAUUCAUUUCAAUUCUUUGUAAUGGUGUUGGGGGGGGAGGGGGGAUUUUUUUCAUUUUGUGUGUUUUUUUUCUCUCCAUGAAAAUGUUACUAAUCCUUAGAGCGGAUGAUUUCAUACAUGAAGUAGUUUGAUUUGGUGCAAGGUUACUACUGUAAAUAGGCUUUCAUGUUUGGUAGUGGGUGAACAAGAUAACGGUUAAAUAUAAGGAUCCUGAAAGAAGGAAGGAGCCCUGAUGAUGUUGAGUUCGACUGAGUGCAGCUUCAAGUGUACAAAUAUACUCCAAUCAAACCUUGAAAAUGUCAAUUUAGCCUGCGGGACGUACGCGUUACUAUCUUGCAGCGAAGAGAAGCUAAACGAGAGACGAGACAACCGAUACUGAAUGUAUCCUGUCUGUUGCUCCAACCCGAUUGAACAAAGCACACAACUUUUCUUGGGAAUUGAUGCACAAUUGCUUUCAAACUUUCAACAUGUUUAUGGAGAGUUAAGAGUCAGAUAUGAUUUGUGCAUUUACACAAUUCAUCCCUGAACCGAUAGGCUAAACCAUAGCUGUGCUGUUAAAGUUAGCUAACCCACCGUGUUAACAUUUGAAAUAAACCUUUUAUUUGUAUGUAUGUACAGGGAUAUUAAUUUAUGAUUCUCAUAUAAACAGCCUUCCGCCCCGACAGACACUAAAUCGGCUGUUACCCACAAUGUUGUUGGUUCUUGGAUUGUAAUCAACCUUCAUACCAUGUGCUCCCAUAAUGGUUUUAAGCUUUCUUCUGUACACUUGACAUAGAUACCGUUGAUGGAUACACUCCGAUGACUCACUAACUAACGACAGUAUUUGCACAGAACUGUAACCCCUCAGACUCAACAUGUAUGUGCUGACAAAGUAAAGAAAAGCAGCAGCAGCAGCG